AGAAGCUUCUUCCGGGAGAGAGGGCUAAGAUAUGGAGGCUGAGACGCAUGAUGGUCGCCCAGCUCGGGUGUGGACGGUUAUGGAGACGCAGACCCUACUGGACCUAAUCCGAGACAUGGGCUUCAUUCCAGCGCUGACCCGUAAAGGGUUUCAGAACUGGGACGUGUUUGAGCGGAUCUGUGUGUUUCUGAACCGCUGCAAUGUCCAGGUCAGCUCAGCAGAUGUGAAAGCUCACUGGCAGUCUCUGAAGGCUAAGUUCUGGAGACUGAAGCGUUUGGCAGACGCAAGUUUUGCUCAGGUCUCUGUAAUUGCGGCUGACUACCCAUUCUAUCAGGAGAUGGCGCUCAUUCUGACUCCACACAAUGCAGCAGGAUGCUAUAAAAGGGAGGCUGACAGUUCAGGCCAGGAAAGUCAGGUUUCACCUUCAUCUUCGGUGCCAGACUCUGGACUUGGCUCAGAUCAUGAGGACCAAACUGCUUCAUCGAGUCGACAGCAGGCAGAGGGUGAGCAGCAUGCGGCUGAGCCGGGUGCUGUAGCGGAGGCUCCGGAUGUAGCUCCCCCAGAUGUGCAGGAAGGUGCAGAGCCGAAUGCCGGUCAGGACAUCCAGAGAGCAGUGGUUAUGCUGCGCAAUACAACACAUCAAAUUCUGUCCGUAACCGAUCGCCUGCUGCAGAGCCUCAGUCGUCUGUCCAGAGUACAGGAGCAGCUCAGCAUUCAGUUGGGAUUCAUUUACUCUGCUGCCUUUCAGCUGGACGGAGAGCUCCGCAAUGACUCGCCUGAGGAGCACCCCCCUCGGGAACCUGCAAGGACCUCUGAGACUCUCUCCUCUAGAAGACUGCUGCGGAGAUACCGCCUUCUGCGCUAUGGACAGAGACGCUCGGCCCGGCACCAUCCUUGAGUGUGAAACAGGAUUAGGAUUUUAGUUUGUUUAUAUUGCAAAGAGUUUGGAAUACGGGUGGCUCGUUGUUUAUGGGUGUAGGCUCUGCACAGUAUUUCCGGUGUACGGAGGCCUUGUCCUGUGGUUUAGAAUGUUCUGCGACUGACCAGUGUCAGCUCUGCGCUGUGUUUGUGUAUAUACAUGUUCCCGUUGGUUUCUUUGUUUAAUAAACGUUUACUCUGGA